AUGGGUGUCCAAGGACUAUGGACCAUCGUCCAGCCUUGCGCCCGACCCGUAAAGCUGGAAACGCUCAACAGGAAACGGCUGGCUGUCGAUGCCUCAAUCUGGAUCUACCAGUUUCUGAAAGCCGUCCGCGACAAAGAGGGGAACGCGCUGCGGAAUUCACACGUUGUUGGAUUUUUCCGCCGGAUAUGCAAACUUCUUUACUUUGGAAUCAAGCCUGUCUUUGUUUUUGAUGGCGGCGCGCCUAUUCUGAAGCGGCAGACUAUCGCGAAUCGAAAGAAGAGACGAGAAGGCCGCAGAGAAGAUGCGGUGCGGACCGCUGGAAAGCUACUUGCGGUGCAGUUACAGCGCACUGCCGAGCAAGAGGCUGCCAAGCGCAAGGCACGUCCGACCAGGCAGGAACCGGAGGAAGAAGUUCCCGAUAAUCCUGUAUAUGUGGAAGAGAACUUUAUGACUGAGAAGGAGAAGCAGCAGUCUCGCAAGUUUAAGAAGAAAGACGCCUAUCACUUGCCCGAUAUGCAGGUCUCUCUCCAUGAGAUGGGAGCCCCUAAUGACCCGCGCAUCAUGUCCCGAGAAGAGUUGGAACAGUAUGCCCUACAAUUUCACCAGGGCGAAGAUAUCAAUUUGUACGAUUUCUCCAAGAUUGAUUUCGAUAGCCCGUUCUUUCUUAGUCUCCCGGCUACCGAUCGCUACAACAUUCUAAAUGCUGCGCGACUCAGGAGUCGGUUGCGUAUGGGAUAUUCAAAGGAGCAACUGGAUACCAUGUUUCCAGAUCGCAUGGCUUUUUCUAAAUUCCAGAUUGAGCGCGUGAAGGAACGAAAUGAUCUCACUCAACGUCUCAUGAAUAUCAAUGGUAUGAACGGCGAUGAAGCCUUCUACAACUCUGGCCAAAGGAUUGCCGGAGAACGAGGGAAGGAGUAUGUUCUUGUUCAAGAUAAUGCUGUCGAGGGUGGUUGGGUAUUAGGUGUUGUGGGAAAUAAGGAGGGUCAGGAAGAGAAACCAAUUGACGUCGACCGAUACUUUCAGCACGAAAUACUACCAGACACUAAAGACAUCUCGGAUGACGAGGAUGGAUUUGAAGAUGUGCCUAUUGAAGGUCUCAACCGUCUCCCAAAGCUCCCUUUUCUUCGAGCGGGUGUGCUUGACGAUUCUCUCAGGCAACAUAGGCAAGGUCUCACCGAAGCUGAAGAGGCAGAAGCCGAUGCACUGUUUGUCCCAGACUAUGGUCAAACUGUUCAACGACAGGAUUAUUCUAGUAUUGAUGACGUUUUUGAAGGGCAGGCCGCAAGCGAGGACGAAGACCUUCAGAGAGCCAUCGAGAUGUCUCUGCAAUCUACAGAACACGUAGAUCACGAUCACGACAUGCUUGACAUUCCCGUCAACAAGAUCAUUCCGCCAUCCGCGCCAGCGAUUGAGCCUUUCAUCGAACCCAAUAUCGAGAGCGAUGAUGACGAACUAGACUUUACGGCCGCUUUAGCACAGUCCAAGAAGACUGAAAAGGAUCCCGCUAAAUCUUAUAUUUCAAAACCGUUGUCUAGUCAUCCUUUCGAAGGUCCGCUGCCUUUCGAAACUAUUAAACUUAGCAAGCCAUUCAAAGCUAAGCAGCCAUCACGUCAAGUUGACCAAGAUGAGGACGCUGGCGGGUUUGAAAAAGAACCUUCAAAAGCCACUAAGGAAAGCGUUCCUUUACCACCGUGGUUCUCUGGUGGAGAGCAGGCCCCCGAACUCAUCCCUGAUCGGGAUCCGGCCGAAUCUUUGGAAAGCUACCGGGACAGGGCUGUGACGCCGGAUCAUUUGUUCUUGAAGAACCACCGCUCUCCUAGUGUCAUCGAUGUCGACAAGUUUCCGGACGACAAGGUCAUUGACCUCGAUCCAGAGCCUUCGAGAAAGGCUGAGGCUGAACCCGUUCAACCGCAGACAACGGUAGACGGCGAGCUAAAGGAUGAGCCAACCCCAGAACUUAUUGAUACAACGGACAACGAAGUGUUACAAGGGCCAGCAGCCCUAGAUGCUCUGAUAGACGGCCAUCUUAAGGAUGAGGCUAUCUCGAAAAUGGCCGACCCAAAAGAUAACGAAGUACCACAAGCGCCAGAAGUCUCAGAGGUUCUAGAAGCCUCAGCAGCUUCAGAAUUACUAGGAAGUGAUGCCGAUUCCGUCCAGGAUGCCUAUGAAUGGGAGCCAACCGAUGACGAGAAGGCCGAAAAGUCGCCAUCGCCAGAGUUUGAAGAUGUCCCAAUGCAGUCGGAGGAUAUUGAUUCAGGUCCUGUAGUCCACGACGCAGAGAUAACCGAGCCGAUUGAUUUCGUCGACGAAGACGCUUUCUCCGACCCAGAAGAUGAAGAGCUGCUAAGGCAGCUCGCAGCUGAAGGUGAAGAGCAUGUCCGAUUCGCUGCAACGUUGAACCCGACAACACAAGGAGAGAGCACCUUCGACUACGAGCAAGAGCUCAAGCAGCUUCGCUUGCAGCAAAAGAAAGAUCGCAGAGAUGCGGACGAGGUGACACAAGUUAUGAUUACGGAAUGCCAGCAGCUCUUGACGCUUUUCGGCUUACCAUACAUCACCGCCCCCAUGGAGGCUGAGGCGCAGUGCGCGGAGCUAGUCUCCUUAGGACUUGUGGACGGCAUCAUUACGGAUGAUAGUGAUAUCUUCCUUUUUGGAGGAACCCGUGUUUACAAGAACAUGUUCAACCAGAGCAAAUAUGUGGAGUGCUAUCUUACAUCGGACUUGGAGAAGGAGUACGCUCUUCACAGAAGGAAGCUGAUUAGCUUUGCACAUUUACUCGGGAGCGAUUAUACAGAAGGCAUUCCUGGAAUCGGACCGGUGACCGCGCUAGAAAUUCUAACUGAAUUUUCGGCACUGGAAGAAUUCCGUGAUUGGUGGACUCGAGUUCAGACAGGAGCGGAUAUGUCUAAUAACGAACACGCCAGCUUCUACAAGAAAUUCAGAAAGCAAGCUACGAAGAUCUUUCUGCCGCCAACCUUUCCAGACACUCGAGUUGAUGAAGCCUACCUCAACCCCGAAGCAGACUCCGAUCCCUCGCCGUUUCAGUGGGGUAUACCUGAUCUACAUGGGCUUCGGGGUUUCCUGAUGGCGACUAUUGGUUGGAGCCAGGAACGAACGGACGAAGUGCUUGUGCCUGUCAUUCGUGACAUGAAUUCGAGGGAACAGGUGGGAACUCAGAGCAAUAUCACGAGCUUCUUCAGCGGCCCGCAAGGAGCAGGAGCAUUUGCCCCACGGGUACGGUCUGGUGGGCAGAGCAGGAUGGGGAAAGCUUUUAGUCGACUUCGUCGUGAAGCUGGUGCCGAGAUGGCCUCUAAAGAAACUCCGGUGGACGAGGAGCUGAACCCUCAACGACCUCGUCGAAAGGGAAAGGGGAGCAAACGUGGAGCACCUGAACCAGAAACUGCUAUUGAGAAUGGGGAUGGUGCUCAGAAUGGUGAUGAUACCACGACCAAGAGGAAGAGAGGGCGGAAAGCAGCGAGGACCUAG